ACAUCCUUAGAAAAAAAGGGCUUACAAAUUGUUAAUAUUAGCAAUGUAUAUGAACGAAAUUUAAGUGAAGCACAAAAAAAUAGCAACGGUUCACAAAAGAAAAGAAAUUUAAAUAUUAAAAAUGAAGAUAUAAAUAAAACAAAAUCUAAUAGAAAUAUUAAAAGUAAUGAAGAAAAAGUAGAGGAAAAUAUAGAUUGUACUAACAGUGAUAUGGAGAAUAAUAAUGUGGAAAAUAAAAGUAAUAGUUCUAUGAAUAAUAUAAAUUAUAAUGAUUUAACAAAGAAUUUAACAGAAAAGGAAUUAUAUGAUGUACUAAAUUCAUUAAAAGAAUGCCCUUCAAAUGAAGAUCUUAGAAAUAUAUGGAGUCACACACGUGGUAUUGCAAAAGAAGGUUUGGAUGGUAUAUUAAAAGAGUUAAAGGCAUCAAUACAGAAGUAUUUAGAUAAUGAUUUUCUUAAUAAGACUGGUCAAGGUAAAGAUUUUUAUGUAUGUGACUUUUUUUGGAAAGAACAUAUUUCUAGUAUUUGUGCAGCAGUAGCAACUGAAGAGUUAAAAUACACUAAACAUUUUUAUACGCUAAUUAAUAAUAAUCAUACACUUGAUGAUAUAUUAAAAUUUAUUUAUUCAUUCUUAGAACAUUUCAAAACUUUUAAAAGACAGUUACAUGAACAACACCAAAAGGAACUUUUAGUUGAUAUUGAACGAGAACGUCAUUUAAGGGGAAUAAAAUAA